GCGAUCGUCGCUGUGUGCACGUGCUGUGCACGGCGCGCGCGCCCUCGUUAUCGCUAUACAUGGGCCACGGUUUUGCUUGUUUGGCGCGAUGGUACUAUCUAAGCGAAUUCCCGCAGCUGGCCGACCCGCACAGAAAGCAGUGUGUUCGACGGGCGUCGCCUAUCUCGAUUUCGCCGGGACGACCCAUCAUGGUGUCGGAGAUCCGCAAGAUCCGCAACAUCAAGCGCGACGCGCUCAAGCCGUGCUUUGAGAACCCGCCGCCAAUGCCCCACGUCAAGUGCAAGCGGCUGCGCGAGCUCCACUUGCUAUCGCGCCAUAUCUACGAGCUCGAGAUCAAGCUGCGGCGACUCCAAGGCCGGCGCUCGACCAUGCUGCCGUGGAAAGAAGUGAGCUCGGCGCUCGCCGAAGACACACUCCGCAACGUGCGCGACAACCGCAGUCUCAAGGUCGAACUCGAGCACCACCGACGACUCGGCACGUAUCUUCGCACAUGGAUCGACGGGCUCACGCCAAUUCCGCGGUCGCCACGGUCGUCCACCGACAGCUGGCAGCAUUCGCAGCUCAUCGCAGGCGACGCGACCGCGCGGCGCACCGCGUACGAGUGGAUCGUCCGGCAAGCGUACUGCAGCACCGAAGCCGCUUUGGCCCACGUGUCCUUCCCGAGCCACGAUUCCGAUGGCAUUGCUGUCGACGUCGAGUGGGUCGACGGUCUCUUGCACGUCAAUGUCAUGACGCAGCGCAUUUUGCCGUACAGCCUCGAAUUGGUUUCCCAGAGUCUCUGGGUCGCCGACAAGACGUUCGUGCAGUUUGCGCAGGGCCGGCCAUUAAGUGUGUACCGGCACGAGCUCCACGUCGUGAGCGACGCACUCGAGUACGUCCAGGAAGAGAUGGGGCCCGGGACCCGGCCAAUAUUCGACAAUGUGCUCUACGGGCGGUUCAAUGAGCCGACGCGGACAGUACUUGUCAUGCGGUCGAUUCUCAAGGACGAGCUUUUCCCUAUUGACGCGACAACGUGGACCGUCGACACGAAACAAUGGAUGGUGGCCGACAAGCUCGACGAGUACCACACAUUGUGCCGCACGUACUACUCGAUCAAGCACCCGAGCACCGAGGCCGGCCACGUCCCGUUGUUGGACCUCGCGACGUGCUUUUGCCACGCGCCAACAAACGACGCGGAAGCCGAAAAGAUGCUGCGCGACCGCUUCCUCCUCGUCCAGCGUGUCGAGCGCGAGAAGUUUGCCACACAUUUGGACGCUGUGCUGCUCGAUCAGCAGUCGACCAGACAGGCCUCCGACGUGGUGGCCUGAUAAUUAGUUGCAAGUUGAUCGUCUCUCGUCGUUGGCAGUUGGAGGCAUGUGUAUGUAGUAUUAUAGAAAGAGUACUAGCAAGAAGCUUCGGAAAAAUAAUCUUUUUUUAAGAAUCCCGUCAAUCCACCCCAA